AAAUCAACUCUACCAUGAGGGAGUUGUGGUUUUCGGCAGUUCGGCAGGUUUACCUUUAUUAGAUUACGAUAAAUAUUGAUAUUACAUGAUCAUUGUAUUUGACUGAAUUUACCAAAUGCCUUGUUCUAAAUAGCGUAAUCACCAUGACUACGUUUGUGCAAAUUCUAUGCAAGAUCCGAUCUCCAAGACUACCAUUUCCGUCGUCCUUGUCAGAGACGAAGAAGUUGCGGAAAACACCAUCCGUGCCAUGGCAAUGCGCGCAGUUCCGCACUUGUUCGGGUGCGGCAUCGAAAUCUUCAGAAACUCCUUUUGUUCCUUUGGAAGGAGAAAUUGAUACUGGACAUGUAGAUUUCCAAGCUAAUUUUGUACACAAUUACCAGCUGAAUGACCAGCUUCAGGAAAUACUAGGGAUUGUACAAGCUGGAGGUGGAGAAAGGUCUCUGAAAAAACACACUGAGGUGAACAAGAAAAUAUUUGUCCGUGACAGAUUGAGAUUGCUUUUGGAUGACUACGACAAUGAAUUCCUUGAAUUAUCUUCUUUAGCUGGGUGGGAUAUGGAGUAUGGCAGAAUACCAGCUGCAAGCAACGUUUGUGGUGUUGGGAAAGUGAGGGGUACGUGGUGUACAGUAUCCGCAUCAGAUGCUACCAUCAAGGGUGGAACCAGCUACCCCAUCACGGUGAACAAACAGCUCAGAAUGCAGGAGAUCUGCCAGCAGAAUUCCCUUCCAGCAAUCUAUAUCAUAGACAGCGGUGGAGCUUUUCUUCCAUUACAGUCUGAAAUAUUUCCAGAUAAGAACCAUGGUGGAAGGGUCUUCUAUAAUGAAGCGGUUCUAUCAGCACAAGGCAUAUCACAGUUGGCAAUAGUUUGCGGUUCUUGCACCGCCGGUGGAGCAUAUGUACCGACCAUGGCAGAUGAAGCCAUCAUUAUGCACAAGAUUGGUACCAUCUUCCUGGGCGGACCACCGUUAGUUCAGGCAGCAACCGGUGAGAGGGUGACUUCAGAGGACCUAGGCGGUGCAACGUUACACUGCAGAGUAAGUGGAUGCACUGAUCAUUUUGCGGCUACCGAGGAAGAAGGUUUUGCAAUGGGAAGAGACUCCAUCUCAACCCUCAACAUCACCCCACCCUCAGACCCUGUAGGAUGGAAGGAACCACUCUAUAGCCAAGAUGAACUCCUUGGACUCGUUAGCCAGUCAGGCGAGGUCAAAGGUCAAAUGAGAAAGAUCUUAGCACGAUUAGUAGAUGGAAGCAGAUUUCAUGAGUUCAAGAAACUUUAUGGAACUACUCUCAUUUCUGGCUUUGCGUUUGUGAAGGGACAUCUUGUUGGAAUCGUAGCGAAUGAUGGAGAGCUAUCCCAUGAUGCCGCCAUCAAGGGGGCCCACUUUGCCGAGCUCUGCCAGCAUCGGAACAUCCCCCUCAUUUUCCUGCAGUCGGUGUCCGAGGACGAGAGCUGGGCCGAGGGCAACUAUGAGCUGAUUGCAGAGACCCUCAAGGCCAGGGCGAAGAUGGCUGCUGUGGUGGCAUGUAUGACUGUGCCGAAGAUCACAGUCAUUGUAGGGAAAAGCUAUGGUUCAAGCAGCUUUGCCAUGUGCAGUAAUUCAUUCGAUCCUCGUUUUGUAUUCAUGUGGCCUAAUGCAAGAGUAGGACUCCAUAACCCUGAGGAAAUGGCUACACUAGCUGCACAGGAGUCUGGGAAACCUGAAAUGGAAGAAAAACUAAGAGAGAAAUUCCAGAAACAGUCCACUGCCGUCUUCGCUUCGAGCAGAAUGUGGAAUGAUGGGGUCAUUGCUCCACAAGAUACCAGAAAUGUUUUGAGCCAGUGCCUAAGUAUCUUGUCCCAACAAGCCUGCAACGAGCCAUACACCUAUCAGGACAGAGCAGUGCUACGGAUGUGAUCCCUCAAGGAACUUUUGUAGGACCUUUAUUGUGGUAAUUUGCUUUCCAUCUAUUCCAAAACAAAUGUAAAGUCUUAUUAAAUUUCAUGUAUUAUUUCUGACUCUUAUAACAAGGAAAGCCAACUUUCAUGACUGUGUUGGAGAAAAUUAUCAAAUUGAUAAUUAUGAAAUUUAUGUUUUGUCUUCCCAUUGUUGCCCAUAGUCAUAAAAGUUGAUUAUUAUGGCAAGUUGAAUAAGGAAGAUCAGUGAAGAAGACACCUGUCCUGCAAUGUCUCAAGCCAGAGAUUUAGUAUCAUCCCCCUUAUCUGCUUUAUUUUUACUUUCUUCUUUUUUUUCUUCAUUUUUUAUAUGUGGGCACGUCGUGGUCUAGUGGUUCUGACUCUUGCCUUUCAAACAGAGGGUCGUGGGUUCGAAUCCUAGACAUGGCAAAAAAGUUAUCCACACUUUGCUGCACUCGACCCAGGUGAGGUGAAUGGGUAUCCAGUAGGAUUUAUUCUUGAUGCUUUAGCACCAAUAUGGUAAAAAUAUGGUACCAAGUAUGAAAGCGCAGUUUUCACAUAGUAACUGCGUUAUAUAAAUGGAUAUAUUAUUAUUAUUGUUGUAAAAAAAUUGAUAUUUUCAUGUGUCCAAAUUGAAAUUUGUUCAAAAGGAUCAAAACAAGAAAUCCAUACUUAUGAAUAAAUUUUGUAGGUUAUGAGAUAUGAAGGAAAAAACCCAAACAAACCCAACGGCGAUAUUUCUUGGCUUAGAAUGUAUAAACACUUUCUGCUAUUAUGUUUUGAUUGUACAUAGACUAAAAGUUUUUACGUAGAUGUAAUUAUUCUACCGUGUAUUCAGUAGGGUGAAUGAAAUAAAGAAUAUGUGGAUUAAGGCUGCUGCCUAAUAUUGGAUAUUCAUUUUUUAAUAGCUGUAAUACUGCAAUGUGGCACUAUACCAUCUUCAUUAAUACAUGGGCUGCAGGAGUCACAGGACAAUAUCGAAAGUGGGGUGGGGGCAGCUGAACAUACAUAAAAUCAUAAUUUGAUUGCAACUUUCAUGUUUUUAUAAAUGGUCAAUCUAAAAAGGGGGAGCUUAAUACAUUUGUGACAUUUCAGUGCCUUGAUGCACACAGAAAACAAUAAUAUGCAUACACACAUAUACAUGUAUAUUUAAAUCUGGCUAACUAAAAUUUCAUGACAUUAUUCAUUGCAAGGCUUCUUCCCACUCAUAAUCCUCUUUUCAUCACUUUUCAUCUCAUUUCAGCACACACAAACCAUUGCAAAAUACAGGAAAGCUACUUUGAAUUUGAUUUCUGCUUAAAGGCUUGACACAAACUUUUGUUAAGAUACAUAAUAGUAUACAAUCCUUGACUCAAGAAUGAAUUUAUUUGAUUAUUGGUGUACUACAGUGCCAUUAUCCUGGUCAGGAAACUGAUAUGAAUGAAAAAUGAAUAUGAAAAGCAAA